GUGACCCACGCGGAAAAGCAUGAAAGACUAGUUAGUUAUAAAUGACAACAGCGUUUAUUGGCCAAUAAAGCUGUGAAGAUUAAAGCUGCUGCCCGCAAUUAGGGUUUAUUCAUGACACGAGCAGAACCGAGCAACCGAUCUGUCAUGCUAUUUUAACUGAUCAGAAAACGAUUUAAUCCGAUCAUGGGUUCAAAGAUGAUAGCGUUUUUUGCAUUGAUCGCAGUUGCGUGUGUUCGUGCAUCUCCGCCGAAUUUCGUGCUUAUCUUCGCUGAUGAUUUGGGCUACGGUGAUCUGGGAUGUUUCGGGCACCCGAGCUCUCUGACCCCGAAUCUGGACCGACUCGCGGCAAACGGGCUACGCUUUACCGACUUCUACGUCACGAGUCCCGUGUGCAGCCCCUCCAGGGCUGCACUGCUAACGGGUCGGUAUCAGACUCGCUCCGGGAUCUAUCCGGGUGUGCUGUAUCCGAGUUCAAAAGGGGGUCUCCCUCUCAAGGAGACCACCAUCGCAGAGGUGCUGAAGUCCAAGGGUUAUUCAACAGCCAUGGUGGGAAAAUGGCAUCUGGGUGUUGGGCCGAACGGCAUUUAUCUGCCCACCCGACAGGGCUUUGACAAUUAUCUUGGUAUCCCAUACUCUCACGACCAAGGUCCGUGUCAGAAUCUCACCUGCUUCCCUCCGGAUGUGAAGUGCUUUGGUCGCUGUGAUCAGGGUGUGGUAACUGUGCCUCUCAUGUUGGGAGAGACGAUCAAGCAGCAGCCUGCCGAUUUCCUGAAGAUUGAGAAGGCCUACGGCGACUUUGCCUCUCAGUUCAUUCGAGUUGCCGCCCAAAAUGAGCGACCCUUCUUUCUGUACUACCCUUCACAUCAUACACACUACCCUCAGUAUGCAGGUGAAGAGUAUGCAGGUAAGUCCCUUCGAGGGCCGUUCGGCGAUGCACUGAUGGAGUUUGAUGGCACUAUUGGGAAGAUUCUGCAGACUUUGUUGGAAACAGACGUGAUCAACAAUACACUGGUCUUCUUCACUGGUGACAAUGGGCCAGAGCUGAUGCGGAGGUCUCGUGGUGGAAAUUCAGGACUGCUAAAAUGUGGCAAAGGCACAACUUACGAAGGAGGAAUGAGAGAGCCGGCCGUGGCGUAUUGGCCAGGUUUCAUCCAACCAGGUGUGACUCAUGCUAUGUCCAGUUCUUUAGACAUUCUGCCCACUUUUGCCAAAUUGGCAGGGGCUUCAUUACCUGAGGUGCAACUGGAUGGGGUGGAAAUGACAAAUAUCCUGUUCAAUCUCGGACCGAGUAAAAGAGAGACCAUGUUUUACUACCCCACUGAUCCAAGCGAGAAGUAUAGUGUGUUUGCAGUGAGAUGGGGAAAAUACAAAGCUCAUUACUACACACGGGGCGCCACUCAUAGUGAGACCACCCCAGACCAGGACUGUUCCUUAUUCGCCUUCCAAAAGUAUCAUGACCCCCCUUUACUCUUUGACCUGGAGGCAGACCCCUCAGAGAACUACAACCUCACCGGUCCAGACUGGGAUCCUGUGCGGAAGCAGAUCAAGGUUUUGAAGGAGCAGUUUGAGGCUACUAUGGUGUUUGGAGAGAGUGAGAUUGGAAAAGGGAAGGACCCCACGCUACAGCCCUGCUGUACGCCAGAUUGCUCCCCUAAACCCGACUGCUGCCGCUGCAAUUCUGAGCUGUGAUGGAGCCAAGCAUUGCCAGUAGUAAUACCACAAGAGAAAUGAUUGUGGUCUGAACAUGAAGAAGCAUGCCGCUUCUUGACAUUCAAUCACUGCACUGAAUGAAAAUGUAUGACCAUAGACUAGAUUGAUGAUCAUGUUAAAGGUUUGCCCAAAAACUGGUUACUCACAAACCUGUGCAGACUUCUCUGGGUCAAACCAGAACAUCACUCCCAACUUUAAAAGAAUGAAGUUUGAAGGGUUUAUAUUUGUUUCUUUAAUUUAUGCUUACUUCAUGAAAAACACAUUACAGUAAUGACCUUCGAGAAUAGCAGGAAUUAAAAAGUGUUAAUGGUCCCAAAACGAAUUUCCUUUAUCUUAUGUUUUUUUGAAAUUCACGUAUGAAGAAAACAAAACAAAAACAUCAUUACCAUAUUUUAAUGGUAAGUGUAAAAAGUGACUAAUUUCCUUGCAGGUGCUGGCCGGAACAUCAUAAACAUAAAUGUCAGUGUUAAACUAUGCUGUCAUACUUUGCAUAUUUAUAACAAAUAGACCAGUCCAAGAAACUGUGUAGGAAACUGAAAGAACAAGUAUGAAUGUAUACUUUGUAUUCUUGAGAUUGAUUUUCUUAUAAUGUACUUUUAAAGUGAUUGUUUAACCAAAAAUUUAAAUUCUGUCAACGUUAACUCACACUCUUGUCAUUUCAAACAUGUAUUACUUUCUUUCUUACACAGAACACAAAAGAAGAUAUUUUGAAGAAUGUUGUUUAACUGGCACCCAUUCGCUUGCAUUGGUUUUGUGUCCAUACAACAGAAGUGAAUGGGGGUCAGUGCUUUUCGGUUACCAACUUUCAAAAUAUCUUCUUUUGUGUUCUGCGGAAGAAAGUCAUAAAGGUUUGAAAUGAGUAAAUGAUGACAGAAUUUUUAUUUGAACACUGAUUUUCAUAAAUAAAAGUAAACAAACUCA